ACCCAGAUUCGUUAGUCUGGUCCGAGAUGAAGUCGGUUACAGUUGCUUUCUCUUUAGCUUUAGUUUUGCUGGCAUCGGCGGAGGAGCACAAGAGUUACCAUGAAAUCAAGCAGCACAGGACUAUCAUCGUGACCAAGGAGGAAAAAGUGCCGUACCCGGUUAAAGUUGAAAAAGAAGAGAAGUAUCCGGUUCACGUCCACGUGGAUCAUCCAGUCCCGUACGAAGUCGAAAAGCCUGUGCCGUACACCGUGGAGAAGAAAGUCCCAGUCGAAGUCAAAGUGUACGUCCCAGAACCGUACCCCGUCGAGAAAAUCGUCCGUGUUCCGGUCAAAGUCGAAGUACCUCAUCCAGUGCCGUACAAAGUCGAGAAACCAGUGCCCUACGAAGUAGUCAAGGAGGUCAAGGUUCCCGAAUACAAAGAAGUCCCCGUCCCGGUGAAAGUCUACUAUGAUGUCCCAAAACCAUACAACGUGCCUGUAACAGUCGAGAAAAAAGUGCCUUACUACGUUGAAAAGAAAGUACCCGUCGAAGUCAAAGUCCCCGUCGAGAAGCCGUACGAAGUCGAAGUGCCCAAGCCUUAUGAAGUGAUCGUCGAGAAGCCUUACCCGGUCACCGUAGAGAAAAAAGUUCCUGUCUAUGUGAAAGUUCCUGAGUACUACAAAGUUUACAAACCCACCCAUGUUGAAUCUCACAAAGAAGAAAAAGAAGGUCACGUAGAAUAUAAGUACAGUGAAGAAUCUCACAAAUCUGACUGAAAAUAAUCAAUUGUAGUUAUAAUAAAAAAUACAUAUAUAUUUUGU